AUGAGUUUCCGUGGACGUGGUGGAGGCGGCGGUGGAUUCCGAGGAGGUCGUGGCGGUGACCGUGGUGGCGGUGGCUUCCGUGGUGGACGUGGCGGUGACCGAGGUGGUGGCGGCUUCCGUGGUGGUCGUGGCGGCGGUGGUCGUGGUGGAUUUGGCGGCGGAGGUCGCGGAGGUUAUGAUCAAGGACCGCCAGAUGAGGUUGUGAUCGUCGGAGUCUUCUCCCAUCAAUGCCAGGAUGAUAUUGUUUGCAAUAACACCAGUGGAAAGAUCCCAUAUUUCAAUGCUCCAAUUUACUUUGGAAAUAAGGAACAGGUCGGAAAGAUUGAUGAAAUUUUUGGAUCUCCAGGAGAGAAUGGAUUCUCUGUAACACUAUCCCAAGGAGUGAAAGCAUCGUCAUUCAAAACCGGCUCCGAGCUCUAUAUUGAUCCAGGAAAGCUGUUACCCGUCGAACGAUUCCUUCCACAAGUUGGCGGCGGUCGUGGACGAGGUGGACGUGGACGUGGUGGAGACAGAGGCGGUCGUGGUGGAGAUCGCGGAGGUCGAGGGGGAUUCGGAGGCGGUCGUGGUGGCGGUGGAUUCGGUGGCGGCGGAUUCCGAGGUGGAAGCCGUGGAGGUUUCGGCGGUGGAGAUCGCGGAGGCUUCCGUGGUGGACGAGGAGGCGGAGACUUCGGUGGACGUGGACGAGGAGACUUCAAACGAUCGUACGAUGGCGGUGGUUUCGGAGGAGGAAACAAUAAACGAACCAAGUUCGAUUAA